AUGUUCAGCAUCAUUUAUACCCCUACUCAGGGAGAGGCUAUUGAACGUUAUUCACGGUUGUUUAGAAAACCCAGUGGUGUGUUUUUGGAUAUCGACGAGACUAAGGAUAUCGAGCAGAUCUUGUUACACUACGGUAAUAAUGAGGAUAUCGAUUAUAUCGUUGUCACGGACUCGGAAGGCAUUUUGGGUAUUGGAGACCAGGGUGUAGGAGGUAUUGGUAUUUCCAUUGCCAAGCUUGCUUUGAUGACUGUGUGUGCUGGUAUUAAUCCUAAUAGAACUCUUGCUGUGGUUUUGGAUGUUGGUACUGAUAACGAGGAGAAGCUUAAAGAUCCUCUGUAUCUCGGUAAUCGAAGACCUCGUGUCCGUGGUGAACGUUAUGACCAGUUUGUAGACAAGUUCGUCAAGGCUGUGCAGAAACUGUACCCCAAGGCCAUGCUCCAUUUCGAGGAUUUUGGAACCAAAAACGCAUUGAACAUUCUGAACAAAUACCGUCCUCAGAUGUCCUGUUUCAACGACGAUAUCCAGGGCACCGGUGCUGUCACCUGUAGCACACUGUCUGCCGCUGCUAAACACCUGCAAAAGGAUCUCACCGAGUGCCGAAUCCUUCUUUACGGUGCUGGAAGUGCUGGUACUGUAAGUGGCCUGUUUGCCUCCGGCGGCUGGGGCGCUGCCCCAGACCCCGCAGCUCUUCUCGCUUGCCUCGAGUCGGUGUUUGGGGAGUGA